AGAAAGCUCACCUGAGUGUCUGGGAGCGCGAAUAUCGGCUGUUGUCUAGAGUAGUUCAUGUUCAGUUGCCAACGGGUCUUGAUUCCGUUGAGACUGUCGAAAACUUGUCUGCCUUGUUUAAUUAAAGAAAAGUUGGAUGAAACAUUUAUUUACAACUGCCUUCCUGUGAAACGCCAUGGAUUGUACAGCAAUUCGCGGAAGAUCCACCUCUCGCAGAGAUAAAUGGCCGAGGCAAUGUGCCGCCGCUGUAACAAAGCACACGACAGUGUGGCUCGUUCACGGAUUUCUUCUGGCUCUUUCUAUCAGCCAAUUCGUAGGACAAACACGUGCAGAACGGAUCGAGGGCAUGUACGAGAAACAACGCUACGAUGGAUGGUACAACAACUUGGCACAUCCCGAAUGGGGAUCUGUUGACAGCCAUUUGACACGCAAAGUGCCAGCAACUUACUCCGACGGUGUCUACAUGAUGGGAGGAGUUAAUCGGCCUAAUCCAAGAAAGUUAAGCGAACUCUUCAUGAAAGGACCUGAUGGACUUGGCUCAGUCAUGAACCGCACCGCCUUGUUCGCUUUUUUCGGACAACUGGUGACCUCUGAGAUCUUAAUGGCCAGCGAGUCCGGUUGCCCUAUUGAGAUGCACAAGAUCGAUAUCGAAAAGUGUGACGAAAUGUACGAUGCGGAAUGCACAGGUCAGAAGUUUAUGCCGUUUCACCGUGCCUGGUACGAUCACAAAACAGGACAGAGCCCCAACAGUCCACGAGAACAGAUAAACCGGAUGACGAGUUGGAUUGAUGGCAGUUUUGUCUACAGCACCAGUGAGGCGUGGGUAAAUGCGAUGCGAUCGUUCAAGAAUGGAACUUUCAAAUCUGGCGAAUCAGAAGGCAUGCCCCCUCGAAACCAUGAUCGCGUGCCCAUUUUUACUGCCCCGGCGCCACACAUUAUGCGCAUGGCUAAUCCCGAGAAAAUGCUUCUGUUGGGAGAUCCACGAACUAAUCAGAACCCGGCUAUCCUUGCAAUCGGUAUCGUCUUCUUCCGAUACCACAACGUGAUUGCGAGUAGAAUCGAAGCAGAACAUCCACAAUGGUCGGAUGAGGAAAUCUUCCAAAGAGCUCGCCGUAUAGUAGUCGCCGUGUUGCAAAACAUCGUCAUGUACGAGUAUUUACCGGCGCUCAUCGGCGAAUCGCUUGGCGAAUAUGAAGGAUAUAAAGCGGAUAUUCAUCCCGGCAUUAGCCAUGUCUUCCAGAGUGCAGCCUUCCGUUUCGGCCACACAAUGAUCCCACCGGGGCUCUAUCGCCGUGACGGUCAAUGCAACUUCAAGAACGGACCGAAUGAAACGCCCGCCAUCCGGCUCUGUUCGGCUUGGUGGGACGCGGUCGAAAUUCUGGUCAACAAUUCGGUCGAAGAAUUCAUCCUGGGCAUGGCGUCGCAGCUGGCCGAACGCGAGGACAGUUUUCUUUGCUCAGACGUACGCAACAAACUGUUCGGCCCCAUGGAAUUCUCUCGUCGGGACUUGGGCGCGCUUAAUAUUAUGCGCGGUCGAGAUACAGGCCUACCGGAUUACAACACGGCGCGGCGCAGCUUCCGCCUCGAUCCAGUUACCAACUGGACGGAUAUAAACCCAGCGCUGGCUGUGCAACAACCGGAUCUUUUCCCGAAACUGGCUGCUCUCUACAACAAUGAUUUGUCCAACGUCGACGUCUACAUCGGCGGCAUGCUUGAAUCGACUAACGGGCCGGGACCUCUUUUCUCUGCAGUUAUCAAAGAGCAAUUGGGGCGGAUCCGUGACGCGGACCGCUUUUGGUUCGAAAACACCGACAAUGGCAUGUUUACGGCCAGCGAGGUGGAAGAGAUCCGCAAAACGACGUUCACCGACGUCAUUCGCAGUACGAUGAAUAUCAGCGAGGGGGAGAUCCAGAAGAACGUCUUUUUCUUCCGCGAGGGUGACCCGUGUCCGCAGCCCAGUCAGUUGAACGCAUCAACAUUGACGCCCUGCAACUUCUUGGCCGGCUACGACUAUUUUGCCGGAAGCGAGGUGCCUUACAUUUACGGCUGCUUGCUGUUGGCCUUCGUGCCAAUUAUAGCGGCCGGCGCCGGUUACGGCGUCGUCAAACUGCAAAAUUCGAAGCGUCGUCGUCUGAAGGCGCGCCGCGAAGAAAACAACAACGGCAAAUCGGUGGACAAGAUGGUGGUCAAGGAGUGGCUGCACCUCAACCACAAGCGACUAGUGAAGGUGAAAUUCGGCCCCGAGGAGGCGUUUUACACGGUGAACCGCAAAGGCGAGAAACUGCGCAAAGUCAACUUCAAAGGCGUCGAGCUGUUGACGGUCGAGGUGACGCAGGACUCCCGCAAGAAGCCGAUGCUGCUGGUGCGCGUGCCGCGCGACUACGACCUGGUGCUCGAGUUCGACUCGAACACAUCUCGUAAGCGUUUCCUGCACAAGUUGGAAACAUUCCUCACCAGUCACAAGAAACACCUGGAACAAAUACCAACCUACCGCGAGCAGAUGUUGUCCAACGCGGAGACGCGAGAGCGCCGCGAGAAACGGCUGGAACAUUUUUUCCGCGAAGCUUACGCCUUGACGUUUGGCCUCAAGCCGGGCGAGAAGCGCAAGAUGGAAGAAGUGACAGGCGACGUCAUCAUGGUGAUGCGCACCUCGUUGUCGCGCAACGAGUUCGCCAGCGCGCUCGGCAUGAAGGGCGACGACGUCUUCGUCAAGAUGAUGUUCAACAUUGUCGACAAGGACGGCGAUGGUCGCAUUUCGUUCCAGGAGUUUUUGGAUACGGUAGUCCUCUUUUCGAAGGGACGCACCGAGGACAAGUUACGCAUCAUUUUCGACAUGUGCGAUAACGAUCGUAACGGCGUCAUCGAUAAAGGGGAACUUUCGGAGAUGCUGCGCUCACUGGUAGAAAUCGCGCGCACGAACAACAGUCUGAACGACGACCAAGUGACGGAGCUGAUGGAUGGCAUGUUCCAAUCUGCUGGAUUGGAACAUAAAGACGCCCUGACCUACGACGACUUCAAGCUGAUGAUGCGCGAGUAUCGCGGCGACUUCAUAGCCAUCGGGCUCGACUGCAAAGGUGCCAAGCAGAACUUCUUGGACACGUCGACUAACGUGGCCCGUAUGACCAGCUUCCACAUCGAUGCGGUCCAGGAGCGCCACCGACACACUCUGCUGCGCAAAUGGGACGAAUUGACCACCUUCCUCGAGGAGAACCGUCAAAACAUUUUCUACUUGUUCGUCUUCUACGUGGUGACGAUUGCGCUCUUCGUUGACCGCUUCAUCCACUACUCUUUCAUGUCCGAGCACACCGAUCUGCGCCACAUAAUGGGAGUUGGUAUUGCCAUCACGCGAGGCUCCGCUGCCGCCCUCUCGUUCUGCUACAGCCUCCUGUUGUUGACCAUGUCUCGCAACCUGCUGACCAAACUGAAGGAGUUCUCCAUCCAGCAGUAUAUCCCACUCGAUGCCCACAUCCAGUUUCACAAGAUAUGCGCCUUGACAGCCUUUUUUUUCUCCUUGCUGCACACGGUCGGCCACGUUGUCAAUUUUUACCACGUCUCGACGCAACCUGUGGAACACCUGCGUUGCCUCUCCAAAGAGCUGAGUCUGCCCAGCGACUUCAAGCCCACCAUCACCUACUGGCUCUUCCAGACGCUGACUGGUUUGACGGGCGUGCUCCUCUUUGUCGUUAUGAUCAUCAUCUUCGUCUUCGCUCACCCCGUGAUCCGGAAGAAGGCCUACAACUUUUUCUGGAUGACUCACAGCCUUUACGUUGUCCUGUACAUCCUGUCCAUCCUUCACGGGCUAGGCCGGCUCACAGCUUCGCCUGCCUUCUGGCUCUUCUUCAUCGGUCCGGCAAUCAUCUACACCCUGGACAAGAUCAUCAGCCUGCGCACCAAAUUCAUGGGCUUGGAUAUUAUCGAGACGGUGCUACUGCCAUCCGACGUUCUCAAGGUGAAAUUCUACCGGCCGCCCAAUUUUAAGUAUCUCUCGGGCCAGUGGAUCCGACUUUCAUGCACCGGAGUUACGCCCAAGGAGUUCCAUUCGUUCACACUCACAUCGGCGCCCCACGAGAAUUUCCUGUCUUGCCACAUCAAGGCGCAAGGGCCAUGGACGUGGAAGCUGCGCAACUACUUCGAUCCGAGCAACUUCAACCCCAAGGAGAUGGAUCCUAAAAUCCAGCUGGACGGCCCGUUUGGUGGCGGAAAUCAGGAUUGGUACAAGUUCGAGGUGGCCGUCAUGGUUGGCGGCGGCAUCGGAGUCACACCCUAUGCAUCGAUCCUCAACGACUUGGUCUUCGGUACGUCGACCAACCGCUAUUCGGGCGUGGCUUGCAAGAAAGUCUACUUCUUGUGGACGUGCCCGUCGCAUCGUCACUUUGAGUGGUUCAUCGACGUGCUGCGCGACGUCGAACGCAAGGAUGUCACCAACGUUCUGGAGAUGCACAUCUUCAUCACGCAGUUCUUCCACAAGUUUGAUUUGCGCACCACCAUGCUCUACAUUUGCGAGAACCAUUUUCAGCGCAUCUCGAAGCGCAGUAUGUUCACCGGCCUGAAAGCGGUGAAUCACUUUGGCCGUCCCGACAUGACAUCGUUCCUCAAAUUCGUUCAGAAGAAGCACAGUUACGUUAGCAAGAUAGGCGUCUUCAGUUGCGGUCCUCGACCUUUGACCAAAUCCAUCAUGAGCGCUUGCGAGGAAGUCAACCAGGGUCGCAAACUGCCCUAUUUUAUCCACCAUUUCGAGAAUUUUGGUUAAACAUCGAAGAAGAAAGAACUUGUCGCUGCGAUCUGUUCAUCGUGUGAUUGAAAUGUUAUCUCGGCGCCUUCUUCGUCUGACGGACACUCUUCUUUUCUCGCUCUUUUACGGCCUUUUUGUCAGUUUUUUUUUUUCUCUCUUUUCCAGAUAAUUUGUUCGUCAUCUAUCUCUACUGCAUUUCUUUCGCUUCCGUGAAUUAUAUCGUAUUUUUUUUUUUUUUGUAACGUAUUUCGUUUUGCUCCAAGGGUCGUCAGCGUGAUCGACUUGUCAUCCCCCCAUUCACGCUCUUGGUUUUGGUUACCACGUUUUUCUUCGGGAAAUUGAAGUGAAAAGGCAGGGAACUAGAUGUUGUCUUUCGGUCAUAAACGUGGGAGCGGGCCAGCCUUACACUAAACUAUUAUUCAAAGAAUCUGUAUGAAGCUGAAAUUGUUUCUGUCAAAGGGCCGGCAUUAGACUACUGAGCAUAAUUAUAUGGUUCUCGCAGACGCAUUUGAUGAACAGUUCAAGUUCGAUAAGCUUCCUGCCAAACCCUCAACUUUCAAUAAAAAUUUUUAUUUUCAUUGAUCUGCUCCGCUGCAGAACACUGACUGUCAACAGAUGAGUAUCUUUUGUACCCCUCGUAAUUUAUGAGUUGUACUCUGUCAGAUAGUCUAGAAGGAACUGCGGAAAUUGAAAGUAAAUGUGAAACUAUUAUUUAUCGGGCGUGGCAGAUCAGUUUUUGCGUUCGUCAAUCGUACAGAAAUGUUAUAUAUAAUGUCAUUGUAAUGUCAGUGGCUGCCACCAGGGAGCAGGCAUGCACAACGGUUGUGGAAAAUUUUGAAUCUUAUCCAGAAAAUUCUAUUCGUCCAAGGUUUUCGUCAACAGAAGUUGUUCAUAUUGCUGUAGUUUGGUGUUGUUGGCAUUCGCAUAUUGGAUGAAUGUUGCAUCACAAUUUAGUGUCUACUGUCUAAGUUAAUAAAGGAAAAAUGAAUAAAAGUUAACAAAUGUGCUCCGAAGUCUGGAUGGGGAACAUGAGAUGGGUAAAGCAUUCCGAGUCGGGAUAUGUCCAAUCAGCUGCACCCGUGUCAAAUUUCUUCCCAUUCUUGACGUCUUGACUAACAAAUAAACUGGCACUGAGGAUACUGCAAA